UAAAAUUUUUUUGAAAAUGAAGAAGUUUUUACAUGUAUUUUAUAUCCUUAUUGUCGGUACCACAUUAGUAUUAUGUGAAAAUGAUGGUCAAACGGAUUUGAAUGACUUAGACGGUUUAAAAGAGCGUGUACAAAGUAGUAUACAAGACAUUCCUGGUAUUAAUAAUUUACCAAUCGAUCAAUCUGAAGUACCAAGUGCUGAAGAAGUACAAAAUGCUUUAAAGAAAAAAUGUGACGAAAAUGGUGGUCCUGAAGCGUUUAAUCAAGUGGAGAAUGCUAAUGAAGCAAUCAAAGACUGUUUUGGUAAACUACUAAAUGUUAGUGUAAUACAAGAAGAAAUCGAAGAAGCAAAAAAGACUGGUUCAUUGGAUGAUGUAUUUGGUAAAUAUUGUAAAAAAGUUCCAGAAUUUGAAUUGUGUGUGAAAAAUUAUACCACCGUUUUGGAAGUAUGUUUAGAGUCAAAAGAAAAAGAUAGUGAAAAAGUAAUCUUAAAUGUGACAAAAUCAUUAUCAGAAUUCGUUUGUCAUAAAAGUGGUGAUCGAAUUGCCAUGUUCAUUGCUGAAGGUGGUCCAGAUUGUUUAAAAGAAAAGCAAGAAGAAAUCCAAGCUUGUGCAAACAAAACACUCAACAAACAUUUUGGUGGUAAUGACUUACCAUCAUUAGAGAGUUUACCAUUAUUAAUAUUUGAAUCAAAAGAAUGUAAUGAUAUUAAACAUUUACAAGAUUGUAUUGUACAUGAAUUACAACAAUGUGCUGAUCCAACACCGUCCAAUAUUGUUGAAUCAUUAUUUAAAUUUAUUAUCAAAAUGACACCUUGUGCUCAAAUAUUAAAAGCGGAAACCAAAAGUUCAAAUAGUGGUAUGAAUAAUGUUGCUCUCUUAUCACCUUCUAUUUUAUUAUUAAUAACUUUUAUCGCAUAUUUAUUUAAUAAAUUAUAGAUUUUGAAUUAAUUAGUAAUAAUAUAUACCUGGCAAGACAAUGAUGAAUUUCAUAUAUCGUGCUAUGCAAUAUGAUAAGCUGGAUCAUCUAACCACGCAUUGCGAACGUAUCAGGCUUAAAACUUAAUUUUGGUCAUUUGAGCAUUGGUAUUUUUCUUCCUUUGUUUCACUUAGCGAGCUUCCUCGAAAUGGUAUAACAUCAUUUCGACCGCGAAUUUUACUUAUCUUACUUUUUCUACACUUUUACGAAAUCAUAUUGUAAUUCAAUUAGAGAUCUUGGUAAAGAAAUCUAAAGUAGAAAUUUCAAAAUCAUUUUUUCGAUUACCUGGGCAUAUUGUUUAUUGAAAUCUCUUAGGAAACUGUGCCUUCCGCGUUUAUCUUUUAAUAAAGCAGCUAUUGAAAAAACCUAAAAAUAUUUUAUGUAUAAAAUUAAAGAGGAAUGUUUUAAAUGAAAGCUAUGGAUACCAUCUUGCUGGAUGCAACAGAAAUUAUCUGUUCGUUAAUUAAAUUUGAGGGAAGUGCAGUUUCAUUUCAAAAUUCAUUAGCUCCACUAUCGUUUCUCGAUAAUUGAAUUUAUGGAAUUUAUCACUGUUCGCCGAAUUAAUAAUAAAAAACAAAAUAACAAAAAAAAAAAAUUUAAUUAUUAAUUAUUUAUGUGAGAAUAUUUUAAAAAAAUAUUGUAAUAAGGAAAAACAUACAUACCUAAUAGUUUGUAAGAAUGAUUUAAGAGAAAAACAUAAUGCUGAUGGUUAUGUUUGGUUAUUUUUUUUGUUAAAAACUAUUUUUGUAAUUUUUUGAAUGAAUUGUGUAAAAAACGAAUUUAUUAUUUUUUAAUAAUUAAAAUGCAAGAGUGGAAAAA